AUUAAAUUAGAUAUUUUAGCUGGAGUUUGCCUCUUUAUUAAGAAAAUGGGUGUUUGUACAACAAAUCUAUUCCCACUUGCAAAUUAAGCAAACAUGUAUUAUUUGCUGCAACAUAAAAUAAUCUUGUGAGGCAGAUGUCUUGUUUUUAAAGCCAUUUUCCUAAGCUAUAAAUAAACAAGUCAGUUUGUUUUCUAUAUCUUCAAAUCACAAGAUUUCACUGCAUCAUAUUUCUCCUUAUUGGGACAAAAGAAGUGUGUGCUCUAGUUCAACAUGUAGUACCGUUGAUCUGCCGGAAGAUGUCGCUGCUCCCUCUCCCUCCGCAGAGCCACUCCAAAGGCUCCUCUCCUGUCAAUGAGUGGACCCCCUUUCUCCCAUUAUAACAGAGAGGGAAUGGGACAGAAAGAGAUAGAGGUGGGCAGAGGUGUGACUGAGAGGACAGGCAGAGGCAGAGGGACACUCACAGCCAGCUGGGCUUUUGCCAUCUCUUAUUUUUAUUUAGGAAUUUCACAGAGGGGGGAAAGUGGAGCAGUAGUUGUUCGUGCGUAAACGGGAUAGGUUGUUCUCCAAAUUGUUAGAAGGAGUUGAGCUUCACUUUCAGACUGAGCAGUUUAUUUGGAGGUAGAGUCCUGGGUUUCUUUGCCUCGUAAGAAUAUUUUAUUUCGCUUCGCCAGAGUCCCUGCGGUGCACGGAUUACAAUGCAAAGGAUUUUGGAGGUUUGGGUCACCUUGGUGACAGUGUCUGCGCUGACCGAGGGGGUCUUUGGAGGAUACGGGCUCAGCAUGUUCGCUGCACAGUCGUCCCCCCCGGACCCGUGCUAUGAUGAGAACGGGAACCCUCGGAGGUGCAUCCCCGACUUCGUCAACUCCGCUUUCGGUAAGGACGUGCGCGUAUCCAGCACCUGCGGCAACCCCGCCGCCAGGUACUGCGUGGUGACCGAGAAGGGCGAGGAGAGGACGCGGGACUGUCACACGUGCGACGCCGGGGAUCCCAAGAAGUCCCAUCCACCUGCGUAUUUAACAGACCUCAACAACCCGCACAACCUCACCUGCUGGCAGUCUGAAAACUACGUGCAGUACCCGCAGAACGUCACACUCACCUUGUCGCUCGGUAAAAAGUUUGAGGUCACCUAUGUGAGCCUGCAGUUCUGCUCACCCAGACCCGAGUCCAUGGCCAUCUACAAGUCCAUGGACUACGGCAAGUCUUGGGUGCCGUUCCAGUAUUACUCCACUCAGUGUAAGAAAAUGUACAACAGGCAGAAUAAGGCAGCGAUCACCAAGCAGAACGAGCAGGAGGCCAUCUGCACGGACUCCCACACGGACAUGCACCCUCUGACAGGUGGACUCAUCGCCUUCAGCACCCUGGACGGGAGACCCUCAGCGCACGACUUCGACAACUCCCCGGUGCUGCAGGACUGGGUGACGGCCACCGACAUCAAGGUGAUCUUCAGCCGGCUUCACACUUUCGGAGACGAGAACGAGGACGACUCGGAGCUGGCCCGAGACUCCUACUUUUACGCGGUGUCGGACCUGCAGGUCGGAGGACGGUGCAAGUGCAACGGGCACGCUUCGAAAUGCGUCAAGGACAGAGAGGGGAAUCUGGUCUGUGAGUGCAAACACAACACGGCGGGACCGGAGUGCGACAGGUGCAAACCUUUCCACUAUGACCGACCAUGGCAGCGCGCCACGGCCCGGGAAGCCAACGAGUGUGUCGCCUGCCACUGCAACCUGCACGCCCGCCGCUGUCGUUUCAACAUGGAGCUGUACAAGCUGUCAGGACGGAGGAGCGGCGGCGUCUGUCUCAACUGUCGUCACAACACGGCGGGACGCCACUGCCAUUACUGCAAGGAGGGAUACUACAGGGACAUGACCAAGUCCAUCUCCCACCGGAGGGCUUGCAAAGCAUGUGACUGCCAUCCGGUCGGAGCAGCAGGGAAGACGUGUAACCAGACAACUGGCCAAUGCCCCUGCAAGGACGGAGUGACAGGAAUCACCUGUAACCGCUGUGCCAAAGGCUACCAGCAGAGCCGCUCCCCCAUCGCCCCCUGCAUCAAGAUCCCAGUUGCAUCUCCGACAGCUACUUACACCAGCUACGAGGAGCCGUCAGAUUGCGAGUCUCACUGUAAAGCCUCCAAGGGAAAGAUGAAGAUCACCAUGAAGAAGUACUGUAAAAAAGACUACGCUGUCCAAGUGCACGUCCUAAAAGGAGACAAGGCAGGCGAGUGGUGGAAGUUCACCGUCAACAUCAUUUCUGUCUAUAAACAAGGUGAGCACCGCAUUCGCCGCGGGGACCAGCUGCUGUGGGUGCGAGCCAAGGACGUGGCCUGCAAAUGCCCUAAGAUCAAGCCCGGGAGGAAGUACCUGCUCCUGGGUACAGACGACGAUUCCCCCGGGCAGAGCGGCGUGGUGGCGGACAAGGGAAGCCUGCUCAUCCCUUGGAAGGACCUGUGGGGCCGCCGGCUCAGGAAGUUUCAACAGCGCGACAAGAGGGGAAAGUGCUAAAAGUUGGCGGAGAGGAGAGAUUGAGGGCGAGGUGGAAGCAAAAUAACGUCUCCACUGGGAUGAAUGCAAGGAAGAGGAGGGGAUGAAUGAAAAAAUAAACUGGAAGAAUAAGAGAUAGAAAGACACAGGUGAAAAGUAGGAGAGAUCGGGGAGUGACUGAGUGCUGCUGCUCUGAGUUGGAGCGAAGAGAUUAGUGUUUUUUAGGAACUUUUGUGAAGGAGCUCAUUCUACAUUUGUUCUGUUUCUGUUCGUCUUUCAAGGUUUGUUUUGUUUGUAAUUGCAGAGUUUGCACCUAAUGUUACAGAUAUGUCACAUCCUGACUAUUUUACCCAUGAUGCCGUUUUUUAAAGUCCCUUAUUCAGUUGUUUUAAAGAGCAUCUACUGUAUCACUCUUUUGUAUUUUAAGAGGAUCUAUUUCCACUGUGCUGUGUAAAGCAUUAUGUAGUUAAAUGAAGAGACGUUUCAUGGCAUUGAGGGACUCCACUCAUGUAUGGUAAUGUGCUCUUGUAACCUGCCAAACUAUGGAUAAACUUUUUCAACAGCUGAAAGUGAAAAAUUGUUUAAUUAUUCAUAACUGUGGAAAAAAUAAUAGGUGCCAUCUUGCCUGAGAGCUCCCUGCUCAUAUGUGAGUGUUACCUCAGUGAGACAACCGGUGUUGUGGGAACAAAAUGCCAUAACGAUCCUCAGCUCAUUCUGUAUAAUGAUCAUGUUUCACAUUACAAGCCUCUGCUCAGCGCUUCUCAAUGUUUCAACGGUAUGUUGUGGUUGUGACCUCUGCAAUGUAAAGUAACCAUAUGUGCAUACAUAGACAUUAUGUUCGUAGAUGAUGCCGUAGCAUCAGCUAGAUGUAGAGUAGACAUGUCAACCAUGCACUUAUUUUUACUAGUCAAAAGUUUUAGAACAUAUGAGAUAUGUUCACAUUUUUAGAGUGGCAUCCAAAAAGAAAAGAAAUCCCAUACUGUACCAUACGAUGCAAAAAAGCUGUACAGUCCAAACCUGCUGGCCUCACUGAUGCAACCCAGCCACCAGAAAUAAUGUUGGUAUUGUAUGUUUCUGCAAACCAUGGAUAUCUUAGAUGAUCUCAGCUGAUAGGUUAAAACAUUACAUUUCAACAAUGCUAUGGGUAACGUGUGUUACCCAUAGUGUUUUGGCUUAGAAUGCGGGGUUUUGGGAGCACAAUCCCAGCGUAACUUUUCAUACCACUGUCUUGGCAAGAAACGUAGUGAUGUCACAUUAAAAAAACCAAUCGCUUUACAUGCCACUAUCCCAGCAGGAAAGGCAGCAAUGUCUUGGGAAAAGCAACCACUUUAUAUGGGACUUUGUUGGCUGGAAACGCAUCAAUGUCUCGGGAAAAAACAGCCACUUUUCGUGACACUAUCCGAGCUGGAAAUGCUGCAACGUUUCUGUAAAAAAACAACCAAAUUUUGUGGGAUUUUCUCGGCAGGAAACGCAGCAAUGUCACGGAACAAAACAAAUGCAUUUCAGGCCACUAUCUUGGCUGAAAAUUCAGUGAUGUCUCGGUUAAAAACAACCACUUUUUGUGCCACUAUUUGGCAGGAAACACAGCAAUGGCCCUGUCAAAAACAGCCACUUUUUAUGACACCAUCCUGGCAGGAAAUGCAGCAAUGUUUCUGUAAAAAACAAUCCCUUUUUGUGGGACUUUCUCCACAGGAAAUGCAGCGAUGUCAUGGAAAAAAACAAAUACUAUUUGAGCCACUAUACCAGCUGAAAAUGCAGUGAUGUCUCUGUAAAAGAACAACCACUGUUCGUGGCACUAACCUCGCUGGAAUCACGGUGAAGUCUUGGUAAGAACAAUGCCACUAUUUGGCAGGAAACACAGCAAUGUCUCAGUAAAGAACAACUGCUGUUUGUGCUACUAUGCGGGCAGGAAACCCAGCAAUAUUUUGGUGAAAAACUAUCGCUUUUCAUGAGACCUUUUGGGCAGGACAUGCAGCAAUGUCACGGAAAAAAACAAAUGCUUUUCGGGCCACUAUCCCAGCUGAAAAUGCAGCGAUGUCUCGGUAAAAAACACAACCACUUUUCAUGGCACUAUCUUGGCUGAAAUCACAGCUUGUCUUGGGAAACAUAACCACUUUUUGUGCAACUAUCCUGGCAAGAAACGCAGCAUAGUUUCAGUAAAACAAUCGCUUUCUGUGGGGCUUUCUCGGCAGGAAACGCAGUUUACAGGCCAUACUAUCUGUUGGAAAAUGCAGUGAUGUCUUGGUAAAAACAACAGCUUUCCAUGCCACUAUUUGGCAGGAAAUGCAGCUAUGUCUGUAAAGAAAAUGUUUUGCUGCUAUCCUGACUGGAAAAUGCAGUAACGUAUUGCUAGAAAAACAACCGUUUUUUUGUGGCACUUCCCCAACAAGAAAAGGCAGCAAUGUGUCUGUAAAGAAACCCCCCCUUUUCGUACCGUGACGAGUCGUUUAAUCACAACCAGUUUUCUUUGUUGGUCUUGUUGAGCAGUGGUCUGCAGCUUUGCAGGUGUGGCACCUAGGUGACAUGCCAUCCACCAUCCCCUUCAUCUACCAGUGACAAAGUCAGCUCAAAAACUACAUCACUUUAGAAAUGUUGAUAUGCUACAUAUGAAAUGUACAAAUGUAACAUAUCCGUGGUUUGCAGAAACAUAAAAUGCCAACAUUUUUUCCUGGUGACUGGGCUGACUGAUGACUGGUCUGUAUGGUCUGAUGUUUCUGGUUGACAGGAACAACCCUGUUUGAAUUUGUAAGAACAUAAUUUCGUGUUUAUUCUCUAAUAAAGAUCUAGAUGUAAGGUGGAUGUCCCGAACAUUUGUAAGUGAAAUAACUGAUGAAGUAUCUCACUGUAUUAAAAAAAGAAAAGAGAAUAUCGACCUAUCAAACAAUCCUCAAACCACUGACAUAAUGCAUGCUCACUAUUUACUUCAGCUGACUGAUAGCUAACAAUGAUUGUGAAUUAUGUACACAUUUACUUUGUAUACAGUAUUCAAUGUUGUGGGAAAAAUAACCUGUGGAGUGAUUUAAAUAUCACAGAUGUUUAUUGUACAGUGCGUUCAGCACGCCAUGUCAAAUGUUCGUCACCUCAAAGAGACUUUCUGAGGACUGGAUUCCAAUAUCAAGACUUGGUACUCGACAACAAGGCAUGACUGAUUGUCUACGUGUUAUAUAGCUGUAUAGUAUUACUUUUUUAUUUUUUUGUUAAACAUUAACUAGAUCUAUUUCCAUGUGAACUUAACCAGAGUUUUAAAUACUAGAGGCUUAAUACAUGACACACAAAUAAAUGAAUGUCAGAGAAAUGUCUCAUGUUUACGUGAGCGCCCGGAAGAUCACACAACAUGACUCAGUUUACACGCACACAUCAUGUAGUGCAUUAACACACACAUGAACACACAUAAAUACAAGGGUACACCUCAGUACUCUGUGCAUCAUACUGUAUGUAUCUGAAAACUACAACGCACUUAUCCAGUCUCUGCCAACAGAUCUGUACCGACGCGUCUGCAGAAAGGUACUCCCUACCAGACUUCUGCUCUCCAUAAAUAUUAUAUCUGAAUAAUUAUCUGCUCAUGUUUAUACAUUGGCUUGUAAAUGUUGUUUAGCAGUGUCCAUUGCAAAUGGUUGUGUAAUGUCUUGUAAUACUAAUAUAUUAUGUUUAUCACAAAUGAAUAUAUUUAAUGACACAUGAAACGAUGUGGCUUCUGUGGUUUUUAUUGUUGAUCUUUUAUUUUUUACUUUUUUUUUUUGCAUUGAAUUGUAGAUGGCUGUAAUGAAAAGUAUUGAUACAUGUUUGGCUCUUGAACAGCCUGA